AUGUUCACAUUACCUGCUUUAACUUCUGAUAUUAGCGUUGAAGUGAAUUCUUCAGCUAAACAAUCCGAAAUUGUUCGUCGUCCAAUUGAACCAGUUGGUAAGUUCUUUUUGCAUCAUGCUCAAAGAACUUUAAGAAACCACACUUGGUCGGAAUUUGAGAAGAUUGAGGCUGAGAAGAACGUCAAGACUGUUGAUGAAUCUAACGUUGAUCCAGAUGAGUUAUUAUUUGACACCGAAUUAGCUGAUGAAACCCUACUGAUUCACGAUCCAAGAGACUGGAAGACCGCUGACUUAUACGCCGCUAUGGGUCUAUCUAAAUUGCGUUACAGGGCCACUGAAAGCCAAAUUAUCAAGGCUCACAGAAAGCAAGUUUUGAAAUACCAUCCAGACAAAAAAUCUGCUUCCGGUGCUAGUUUAGACCAAGAUGGUUUCUUCAAGAUCAUCCAAAAGGCUUUUGAAACUUUAACCGAUCCCACCAAGAGAUCUCAAUACGACUCUUGUGAUUUCGAAGCUGAUGUUUUACCACCAAAGAAAGGUGACAAAUAUGAUUUCUACGAAGCUUGGGCCCCAGUUUUCGAAUCUGAAGCUCGUUUCUCCAAGAAAUCUCCAAUUCCAACUAUCGGUAAUGCCGAGACUCCAAAGAAGGAAGUCGAACAAUUCUAUGGCUUCUGGAACAGAUUCGACUCUUGGAGAACUUUCGAAUUCUUGGAUGAAGAUGUUCCAGAUGACUCUUCUAACAGAGAUCACAAGCGUUACAUUGAAAAGAAGAACAAGGCUGCUAGAGACAAGAAGAAGACUGCUGACAAUUCUAGAUUAGUCAAGUUAGUUGAAAGAGCUAUGAGCGAAGAUCCACGUAUUAAGAUGUUUAAAGAAUUAGAGAAGAAAGAGAAGGAACAAAAGAAAUGGGAAAGAGAAGCCGGUGCCAGAGCCGAAGCCGAAGCUAAAGCACAAGCUGAAAUUGAAGCCAAAGCCCAAGCCGAAGCUGAAGCCAACGCUGCUGCCUCUGCUAAAGCUGACAAGAAGAAGUCCAAGGAAGCUGCCAAGGCUGCCAAAAAGAAGAACAAGAGAGCUGUCCGUAACGCUCCAAAGGAUGCUGCCUACUUCGGUGAUGCUGAUAAGGCUGAUGCCAUUGAACAGCAAGUUGGUUUAAUCGUUGACUCCAUUGACGAUGAACAAUUAAUUGCCAUUGCUGAAAAGAUCAAGGCUGACAGUUCUGCUACUAAGGCCGCUUUACAAGAAAUUGCUCAAACUUUAUCCUCCUCCGAUAGGGUGCCAGCCAGCAUGUUAUCUUACUUUUUAUAA